AUGAUUUUGUUGAUUUUUAAAUUUCUUGGAAUAUAUGACAGUUAAUCUUGGGAAAUGUUAUCAUUGUCAUAUCGUAAAAUUAUAAAAUUAUAAAAUUAGUAAUGUUGUAGUUUUAAAGAAUGAAGAAGCAGGAAUGGCAGAAAACAAAGAAACUUUGAGUGUUGGAGAAAUUGAGAAUGAUAUAAAAAAGCUAUUGAAUAUAGGGUCUUUUGUUAAAGACAGUACACCUAUAGCAAAAGAUGAGAAGGGGGUAGGAAAAACAUGUAAAGAGGCAACAAAUGAGCCGCACAGGUUGAAUAAAAUAGCUGCAUCUAAUGAUGAGAAAAAGGAUGUUCCAAUUAGUAAAUAUAGCUAUGCUAUGCCUGAUGAUAUGGUUGAAGUUAUUAAUGUAGACAAAAAGAAGAUAAAAAGAAAGAAGAAAAGUCAUGUAAAAGAUUCAAAAGACUCGGAUGAAGAAGAGGAGAAUGCCGUAUACCUGAGUGCAUUGGAAAAAGACUAUAUUUUCCCUCUAAAGAAUAAACCAAAGAAAAAUGUAGAGCCUGGUUUCUUCUGUCGAUUGUGCAAUGCCCAUUUGACUAAAGAGGGUAUUGCUGGUCAUGUAGAGGAUGAGGAUCAUCUUUGGAGGCUGAAGAAUGCAACAAAGAAAGGAAAGCAUGCAAAAGCCCCUCAGGAGAAACCACAGACCAAAUUAGGUGGGAAACAAGAAGUGAAAACAGAAAGUAGACAAACAACCAAAACAGACAGUAGGCAAGCAGAAAAAACAGAGAGUAAACAUGGAGUGAAGACUGAAACAGAAGCAGUCUCUAAGUCGUCCCCCAAGUUACAUGUAUCUCUGUAUGAAAUGGAUGAGAAGACUCCUCACCAAGAUGUUUGCACUGUCUUGGAGAAAGAGAAAAUAUUUCCCUUGAAAAAGAAAUCGCUAAGGUUCCCCAAGGCCAAGUUCUUCUGUCGACUCUGUGAUUAUCACAUGGAUGCUGUUGUAGACUGUCAAAAGCACUGCAAAGAUAAUCGGCACCGAAGGAGAAAUGAGGUCAGUAACUUUGAGAGGAAACUGAAAGACAUUCCAUGUCCGUCUCCCCCGCAUUUAGCUGCACUGAAUGAUUUGGUGGAGAGGAUUUAUGCAGAAAAAGGGUUGUCUGAGGAGGAAGUGAGGUACAGAAGUGAUCUGACCAAGGCACUGGAAGACAAACUGACAAAGGAUGAACACCUCAAAGAUAUAAAGUUGGUGUUGUACGGUUCAUCCCUGUCAGCAACUGGGAUCAAGGACAGCGAUGUGAACAUUGAUCUGGUGGUGCCCCACAAGGCCAAUCACGCAAAGGCUCUAAUGCAAGCUUUCAAAAUUAUGAAAACUCUAGAAGAAUACAAGGAUGUCCAGAGUCAGUUUUCCUCCAAAGUUCCCUGUGUGUUAUUCACUGACCAGGUGCAUGGCCUGAGAUGUCAGCUGACGAUCGGCAGUGACCUUGCCCAGGAAACAAGCCACCUCCUUCUGAUGUACAGCAGGUGUGACCCUCGCUUCAAGAAGCUUGCUGUAAUAUUCAGAUAUUGGGCAAAAAUUUGUCGCGUGGACUGUCAGAUGGAGGGGACUGUGCCUGCUUUCUGUUUCGCUAUAAUGACAGUGUAUUUCCUACAACAAUGCUCUCCUCCCGUCCUACCAAUUUUAGAGACAUACGAAGAAGACAAGAAGACACAGCCAAAGAAAAUCCCCACACCUAAACACUUGGAUAUAGAUCAGGUGUCAACUCAGGCAAAAGUGUGGCAUUCAGAGAACACAGAAAGUGUGGGAGGGUUAUGGUUGAAGAUGCUGGCCUUUUACAGUCUUACGUUUGACAGCUCUCUGAAUAUUGUUUGUAUCAGGCAACAUAAGAUACUCCCUAGAGCUGAGAAGAAAUGGAAUGCCAAGCGACUGGCAAUUGAGGACCCAUUUUCACCAAAGAGAAAUGCAGCCCGCUCUGUCAAAAGUUUUGAGCUGUUUGAGUACAUCUGGGACUGCAUCAGAAUGUCGUACCUAUACUUUGGGUUACCAUCAAACUUCUCAAGUUUUUCUGAAGAGGAGCAAAAUAAGUUUCUAGCAAGGGUGAACAAUAACCAAGGUAAAAAGAGUGAAACACAGAUAACCGCAGAACAAGGAAAGUCAAAAGAAUCAAGAGAUUCAGGCAAUGGAAGUGAUUCAGCAAACUUGCUGACAACACCAGCAGAAAGAAACACAGACAUGACUGGACCAGAAAACUCUCAAAAAGAGUCACCAGAAUGUACCAAAUCAGCAAGUGUAGAUCAAGAUGAAAACACAGACUGUAAUGUGUGUACUAAAACAGAUAAAAGUGACAAAGUUAAAGAUGGAAACUCUUCUACCAUAGAAAAAUCUAUUUCAGAGCUAAUUUCCCAGUCAAGCUCUGUAGAAGAAAUGGCCAAAUGCAUUGUUGACAAUGUUCUUAAAUCUUCUUUAUCAGUGUUUCAUUCCAAGAGUUCAGAAUCACGAAACAUUGAUAAAGAUAAAACAGAUGACACCACUAGCAAAGGGAAUUGUGAAGAAGUAAACUGUGGAUCAGAUUUUGUUCAUGUGAACAAAGUGGACAGUUCUACUCAAAUUAAAGAGGAUAAUCUAGAAUAUAGCUAUGCCUUUACCCUGGACACACUGUCUGAUGGAAAGGGCCCAAAAGUACUGUGUGUGAUCUGUGAGAAAGAAGGUCAUCUCAAAAUGAGUUGUCCAGAGGAUACGAUGCCAGAGUUGCGCCCCUUGCCUGCCAUGACAAAGGAUCAUCUGAGGAUUCUUACAGAAGUCUUGAAGCAAGUUCCAAAAGACUUUGCUCCCUCUGGAGAGGAAAUCAGAGACCGAGAAAACAUCCGGUGGGAAUUGGAGCAGUUUAUACAGGAGCUGUAUCCCACUGCCAGACUUGAGAUGUUUGGAUCCUCCAACAAUGGCUUUGGUUUUCGACACAGUGACCUUGACUUGUGCAUGACCUUUUCUGACCUUCCUGUGCCAGAGAACUUGGAUUAUGUUGAUUGCAUAGAGAAGAUCACAAAGAAGUUUAAGACACACAAAGGCCUCUACAAUGUGUUUCCCAUAACAACAGCAAAAGUCCCCAUCAUCAAAUUCAAACACCGCCGAUCUCAGCUGGAAGGAGACAUUAGCUUGUACAAUCUUCUGGCUCUUCACAAUACUCGGAUGAUAAACCUCUACUCUGAAUUGGAUGGCCGUGUUAAAGUCCUUGGUUAUGCUUUCAAAGUGUUUGCCAAGAUCUGUGAGAUAGGUGACGCUUCAAGAGGCAGCUUGUCGUCCUAUGCUUACAUCCUGAUGUUGAUCUACUAUCUACAGCAGUGUAAUCCACCAGUGUUACCAGUCCUACAAGAGCUACACCCAGAGUCUGAGAAGCCAGAGAGGAUAGUGGAGGGAUGGAAUGCAUGGUACAUGGACAACACUGCAGCUCUACCAAAACUGUGGCCACACUGUGGUAAGAAUAAUGCCAGUGUUGGUGAAUUGUGGACAGGACUGUUUAAAUUCUACACAGAGGAGUUCAAGAUUGAUGAAUAUGUUGUCUGCAUUAGACAACAAGAACCUCUGACUAGAUUUGAGAAGUUAUGGAAUGGCAAAUGUGUGGCAAUAGAGGAUCCCUUUGAUUUGAAUCACAAUCUUGGUGGUGGAUUGUCUAGAAAAAUGCACCAGUACAUCAUAAAGGCCUUUGUUAAUGGCCGAUCCUUAUACUGCACACCUGUCCACAACAUAUCAACCAACUUUACCAGUCCAGCGGACUAUUUCUUUGACAAGACUCGUCUGACGGAGGGGAGUCCUCCCAAUGACAGAGGCUGUAGAGUGUGCUCUAAGAUAGGACACAUUGCCAAGGAGUGUCCAAUUGUACUGAACAGGAAGGAAAGGGAAGAAAGAGAAAGGGAAAGAAAACAAAUGGAAGAGAAAACAUUAGCCGCCAGAAGAAAAGAACAGGAAAGGGAAUACUUCAACCAGCAAAGGGAGCCCCAGCAUGGUAGGAACAGCCAGCAGAGGGAGUAUGUUCACAACCAGAACAUCCAGCAGGGAAACAACAUACCAAGAGCAUACAGAAGAAGCAACUCAGAGAGCCAGGACUAUGCUCCUAACACAAGGCAGUCCCUACAGAGACAGCCCCCACCCAACCAGUACCCCCCUAUGCCUGUGUACAUGUCUUCACCAGGUCCUCAAAGGGACAACAGAUCUAUUCCUAAUAACAUGGCACCCCAUCAUCUGUCUCAUCCCUACCCCAGGCCUCAGGGAGGCAUGAACAUAACCGGCCCACCCUCUCUCCAUCAGCUCAACAGAAUGCCCAGACAGGACCCCCAGUAUAACAUGUCUAGGAGCCCCAACUCCAGGCACUCCGAUCCCAGAAUGCAUCCAACAGGAAAUGCUGGCCAUUAUAUGCAGGGGACACAACUGCUACAGGGACAAUUUCCUGGUUUCCAGCAGGUGUUGUCUCCCCCUCAGACGCCGGGUCAGGGACUUGAGGCAGGCCGCAUUGUGAACCCCAGGAAUCAGAUGCACAUGGGCAUCACAGUUCCAAAUGAGUAUUAUAGGGGAAACAACCAAGAUCACAGGUUCAAUAAUCCACAGUACCGGGGGCAGCAGAAUCGACCCUCACCCAGAAAGUGAACUUCUCUGGGGGUGGGGACAGUCAUCACUCUUAGAAACUUCAAAUUUUAGUUCUACAUUAGGAAUUUUACCAUAGAACAGAAAAUUAAAUGAUAUACAUGUACAAUCCAAUUUGGCAAUUUUACUGUGUGUAUAGUAAAAAACGAAACAUCUUUAUUUUAUAAUAAAAAGACAUGAUUUUAUCAACAA